UAUUAUUCAUAAUUUUCAUCAAUUUUAAACAGAUAUCAUUAUCACUGCUUAAUCAGCUUUCCAAGUCGAGUUUAGUUUUAUUUGAGACUGAAACAGGAUACAUAUGAAUACGUUUUCCGUUUUAAUAUCAGAGACAAUACUUUUAUUUUUAAACCAACAAUUGAAGUGGUUGGUAGUGAAAUUCUUAAAAAUGUGGUUAAUUUUACCCAGUUUGCUGGUUUUGUCACACAUUAAAUAUGGGCAAACUGCUUAUUGCCAUCAGAAGAAAACUUAUAGAUUUGAAUGUUCCAACCUACAAUCUCUUAGCGAAAUUAUUCAUUUUGUUCCUGGUGAUACAGCGGCUAUGACGUAUUUAACAAUAACCAACUCAAACAUUUCGACUAUAAAUGCUUCAGAUUUAUCCGCUGAAGUUCUUAGCAUAAACCAAAUACAUGAGUUAACGUUAAGUAGACUCCAUAUCAAAAAAAUUCUACCAGGAGUAUUUCUAUACCAGUGUGAAUUACGAACAUUGAACCUCGAAGACAACAACAUGACAGAGAUUUUAAACGGCGUCUUUAAUGUGCUUCACAAUUUAAAAACAUUAGACUUGAGCAACAACAAAAUUAACAGAAUCGAAAAAUAUUCUCUUAAGGGCAUGGACAAAUUGGGAAGCCUAAAUCUAGCAGGAAAUAAUUUAUCAGUUCUUGAGGAAGGCAUUUUCGAAACGUUGCCUAAUCUGAAGGUUUUAAAUCUAGAACGAAACGCCAUUACCAAAAUAGAAAAAAAUUCUUUCAAGAAGAUUGACAACCUAAAUAUACUAUAUCUAGGUAAGAAUAAACUAUCGAGAAUUGAAGAUGGCAGAUUCGAAACGUUGUUAAGUUUAGACGAGUUAUAUUUGAAUAACAAUCAAAUUCUCAUUAUAGAUAAACCAUUUUUUUGUAAUACACUAAGAGUACUAGAUUUAAGUCAUAACAAUAUAACAAAUGUUUAUCCACAUGCUUUUCAAAAUUUAAAAGAAUUGCAAACAUUAGAUUUAUCUCAAAAUCGAAUCAAAAAAUUACCAUUUGGGGUUUUUGAUAGUUUAAAAAAACUUACAGUUUUAAAUCUUUCCAAUAAUCAAUUAUUAUAUUUGGAUCUUGAAGUCCUAAUUUCUCUAUUAAAUUUAGAAGAAUUGAAUCUCGAUAAUAACAAACUUUCUUACAUGAAUGGAUAUGAACUGCGACAACACCUAAUGAAUUUGCAAACCAUUUAUUUGGAUCAUAAUUUCCUAAAUUGCAGCAACCUUGUUAAUAUUUUAAAAAACAAAAUAAGUUUAGCAGAAGGAACUUCUCACGAUGUUGAAAAUGUUCACGGAAUUGCGUGUGUCAAUAAUGCAAGUUUAAUAAAUAAAAUUAAAACAUUAAACAGUUCACAAUUUACGGCCAAAAAUUCCGAUGAAGAAUUUCAUAACGAACUUUUCGGUUAUUUAAACCAGUAUAAAGUCGAAAUAAUGAAUAAUAAUAAAACUACAUUAAUACUUAUUGUUGUCAUUUUAAUCAUAAUUUCUAUUUUGUUAAUUUGUAUUGUUUAUCUGUUUUUUAGUUCUUUAAAACACAAACGUAGGCAUAGAUCAAUAGAAUUGUUAUCUUAG